CUGCCCGGGAUGAGCCAUGGCUGCUGCUGCAAAGGCAAGGCAAAGCCUCCAGGAUGAAGCUUCUUGUUCUAUCUGCCUGGAGUAUUUUAAUGAUCCGGUGACUAUAGACUGUGGGCACAAUUUCUGCCAAGCCUGCAUCACCCAGUGCUGGGAGGGAUCUGAUAAAGACGUCUCCUGCCCUCAAUGCAGAGCGACCUUUCCCCAGAGGAACCUCAGGCCUAACUGGCAGCUGGCCAACGUGGUAGAAAUAGCCAAGCAGCUAAAUUUGCAAUCGACAAAAGAUGCCGGAGCCGGGAGAGCGUGCGAGAAACACCAGGAGGCUCUGAAACUCUUCUGUCAAGAGGAUCAGUCCCCCAUCUGCGUGGUGUGCGACAGGUCCAAGGAGCACAGGGCUCACACGGUGGUCCCUGCAGAGGAGGCCGCCCAGGAGUACAAGGGACAAAUUAGGAGUCGUUUGGAGAUGUUGAAGAAGGAGAUGGAAGGCAUUGCUGCACUGAAAUUGAAUGGGGAAAUAACAAGCGAGGAGCUGCUGCAACAGACGGAGAGCGAGAGGAAGAAGAUUCUGUCGGAAUUUGAGAAACUCCAUCUGUUUCUAGAGGAGAAAGAAUUGCUCCUAUUGGCCCAGCUGGAAGUGCUGGACAAGGAGAUAUUGAAGAGGCAUGAUGAAUUCACCACCAGGCUCACCCAGGAAAUAUCUCGUCUCGGGACCCUGAUCAGUGAGAUGGAAGGGAAGUGCAGGCAGCCAGCAAGUGAAUUCCUGCAGGACAUCAGAAGCACCUUGAGCAGGUAUGAGAUGGGGAAGUUUCAGAGUCCACCAUCCCUUCCUCUGGAACUGAAAAGGAGAGUCAAGGAAUUCUCUCAGAAGCACACAUUUCUGGAGCACACUCUGAGUAAAUUUAAAGAGACUCUGUCAUCUGAACCAAAGCUGGACAAAGUGAUUCUAUCUGGAAAGCAGUUGGACAAAACCAACGUGACCCUGGAUCCAGACACGGCUCAUCCUCAUCUCAUCCUGUCUGAGGAUGGGAAAAGCGUGAGAUGGGGACCUGCACGGCAGGACGUGCCCGACAACUUCAGAAGAUUUGAUCCCGUUCCCUGUGUGCUGGGCUGUGAGGGGUUCACCUCGGGGAGACAUUGCUGGGAAGUGGAGGUGGACGGGAGCAGUUGGGCCGUGGGGGUGGCCAGAGAGUCUGUGAAGAGAAAGGGAGGGGUCAGCUUGGAGCCAGAGGAGGGGAUCUGGGCUGUGGGGCAGCUGAACCCAAUUCAGUAUGUGGCUCUCACUUCUCCUUGGACAAGCCUGCCACCGGAUAGGAGACCCAGGAAGAUCAGGGUCGCCCUGGACUACAAAAGGGGGCAGGUGGCAUUUUUCAACGCUGAGAACAACACUGAGAUCUUCACUUUCAUAGCAGUCGCUUUUGCUGGGAGAAUCUUCCCGUUCUGCUGGGUGGCAGACAAAAGCUCCCAGGUCAGAAUGUGUCACUGA